CUGGAGCUAAACUUUCAGUCUUUGGCUGUCAUUCACUAUUAUUCUUCCGGCUCGCCCCUGAUCUUUAGUUCCUCGCUUUUCCAGCGCGACUCCAUGUCUGCUCAUCGCCUAAUCCUUUCCGACCCACGGUAGCCUCAACUUCAUCCCCGCGGUUACAGCCUCAGAUGUUUAAGGCACAGGUGGCAGCGCGGAGGAGCUUCUCUCUCUUUAGGAGGGUUCCCACGUCAACUAUUAUACGAUCAGCUGCCCGCGAUGGACACGAGACGAUUCACAUCCAAAGAGUGCGCUUCAAGAAGCCUUUCUUCACCAAAUCACGGCUAUUGAACACCGCGAUCACAACAGCAUGUGCGUACGGCUUCCUACAAUGGCUCGACGAAGAGAUCGAGGAUGAAGACGCUCAGCAAGACGUGCAAAAGCGACGAUUGCAUGUGCGGCGGCCGAAGCCGGAGGAGGAGGGUGCUGGUAGCGAGGACGACGAGGUAGAUGAAGAGGUGGGCGAAGAGGUGGAAGAUGAAGACGAUGAAGACGAACCAGAGGGCUUAAUAUUCUUUCCAACGGGCUUCUCGCGACCGAAACCGAGGACGUUCUACAAGGGGUCAGAUCCAGAGUGGCAGGAGUUCGUCCGGUUAGCGCCAGACCGACAGCGCAUGGAUCGGAUACGAGGAGAGCUUGUCGCUCUGAUCCGCGAUCUUGUUGCCAAGAACCCACAAUACAGGCUCCGACUCGGCAAGAUCAACCCCAACACAGGCAGUAUCUGGAUCGAAGUAAAGUUCCCUGAUGGCCCACCGAUAGAGUACGAGCGGCCCGGAUUCGAGCUGACGGAGGACCUCACAUUUCGUCGGACUACGCGACCAGUCCAUGAGCUGCAUCAUCAGCGCUUGAGCCACCUUCUCGUGCCGACAGCAGCUGCCAAUUCCGUCUAUCUCGAUUCCAAGAGGAGAGUCGAGAAAUCUUGGCAAGGUUUCAAGGCGUACAUGGGCUGGGAAGGCAAGAACAAGCCACCUCAGGCUCAGAGGCUGCUCACGCAGUUCCCGGCGCCUCCACCUUCCCCUCCGAAAUCGCCAGCCCCUACGACAGCCGCUACAUCUACUUCCACUCCACCUCCCGCACCAUCAACAGCUAGUGAUGCCCAGCAACAGGCCCCACCUUCGAGUACGCCGCCGCUAGGUAAUCCAGCAUACGAACGCUUCGGCAUCUCCCUACCAGAUCCUUCGAAGGCCCCGACCAUAGAUGUCUCGUAUUUGCGGAUGCACCUCCGCAAACAGCACAAGCACUUCCAUAUCCAACCGCCGCGCGGAACCUUCAUCGUAUCGGGUUUGAUCGAAGUUGUGGGCAACCGAGGCAAGAUGACGCUGGAUGUAGCUGCGGCGUAUGACCCGAAAAUCGGGCGGUACGUCAUGCUCACAGCGAACUUGAGAAGCCUAACAGAGUUCAAGCAAAGGCCGAAGGGUGGUCCUUGAAUGAGGAGGAGAAGAGAGCUUCGCGCGAGGCUCUUGCGGGAGAAAAAUUAGUUGACUGACUGCAUACGCGGCGUUAAGGCAUGCCACCCCCUUUCGGUUCUGUGCGGCGUUGGGGCGAUUUCUUUCGGAGCUCGGGGCGACCUAUACAGUCUUGCGGGCAACCAGCAGUCUUUCCUUGGUUGGAAUACGGAGUAAUAACGGAUCAAUGAACAGAGAUACCACACUGUACGAAGGAACUUUAGCUUUCUGGGAAAGAGAGUAUAGCGUACGAUAUAUCAGAUGAGUAUGCAAAGGCC